UCCCGGGUGCGGCGGGCAGGCGGCGCUCUGUGGCCGGGCCGCUCCGGGGCGGUGCGGCGCGGCGCGGUCUGCUCUUCCUCCUCCUCCUCCUCCUUCUUCUUCUCCUCCUCCUCCUCCGCGGCGGGCAGAUGCGGCGGAUCCUGGGGCGGCUCUCGCCCGCAGCGGGCUCCCGUCCCCCCGCCGCCCCCAUGGACGGCAGCGGGGGCAACAGCCGCGCGUAGCUCGGAAGGCAUGCCCCAAACGCUGAGUUCUACCAGUAUGUUUACCCCAUGUGGCUUCAGCCCUCAUCUACAUACUUCAAAAGAGGAUGAACAAGGAGGAUUGAUCUUCCAGGAUGGAAACCUUACCUCAGCAUCUCUGGAUGCUCUCAUUCAGCAUCUGAUACCUACCACUGAUUACUACCCUGAAAAAGCCUAUAUCUUUACAUUCCUGCUGAGUUCCAGACUCUUCAUCGAACCGCAUGAGCUUUUGUCCCGAGUUUGUCACAAGUGCAUAGAGCAGCAGCGGCUGGACGACCCCGUGCUGGACAAGGCACGGAUCAGAAAAUUUGGCCCCAAAAUCUUACAGUUGCUGACAGAGUGGACAGAGACAUUCCCGUAUGACUUUCAGGAAGAGCGGAUGAUUGGCCAUCUGAAAGACAUGAUUCACAGGAUAGCCCCGUGUGAUGAGGCCUACUGGAAAAAGAUGAAUCAGCUUUUGCAAACCCUGAAUCAGAAGCUUGCAACCCUCAGCCACAGGCAAGAAGGGAUUGUCAAGAUCAGUGCUGCUGUCUCUGAUAAGCUGGUUGCCUUUAAAAGUAAACCUCCAUCAAUUCAGAGGGAAAUCCUGAGCGUCUGCAGUGACCCUUACACUCUGGCUCAGCAGCUGACGCAUGUGGAGCUGGAGAGGCUAAGUCACAUCGGACCUGAGGAGUUUGUGCAGGCAUUUGUCCAUAAAGACCCUCUGGAUGGUACCAAGACUUGUUUCAGUGAACAGAAGAAGACGAGUAACCUUGAGGCCUAUGUGAAAUGGUUCAAUAGACUCUGCUAUCUCGUAGCAACAGAAAUUUGCAUGCCUGCAAAAAAGAAACAGCGAGCACAAGUCAUCGAAUUCUUCAUUGACGUUGCCCGAGAGUGCUUUAACAUAGGGAAUUUUAAUUCGCUGAUGGCAAUCAUUUCUGGAAUGAACAUGAGUCCAGUUUCCAGGCUAAAGAAGACUUGGUCAAAAGUGAAAACAGCCAAGUUUUUCAUUCUUGAGCACCAGAUGGACCCGACUGGUAACUUCUAUAACUACAGAACAGCAUUGCGGGGGGCUGCUCACAGAUCCCUCACCGCUCACAGCAACAGGGAGAAGAUUGUGAUCCCCUUCUUCAGCCUAUUGAUCAAAGACAUUUAUUUUUUGAAUGAAGGGUGUGCUAAUCGCCUUCCAAAUGGACAUGUCAACUUUGAAAAAUUUCUGGAACUGGCUAAGCAAGUAGGAGAAUUUAUAACAUGGAAGCAAGUGGAAUGUCCCUUUGAACAAGACCCUAACAUCAUCCACUACUUGCAUACUGCUCCCAUUUUUACUGAAGAUGGUUUGUAUCUGGCUUCCUAUGAAAGUGAAAGUCCAGAAAACCAGACAGAGAAGGACAGGUGGAAAUCCUUAAGAUCCACUAUUUUAGGAAAGACUUGAAGAUUAAGAGAUUAUUGCAGUAGGUCAAGGAAAAGAAAUCCACAAACAUUUUGCACUACUGAUUCCAAAGAUGCCUGUUUGGGAUUUAGACAUUUUUUUUUCUUUGAGAUUUUUGUUGGGUUUUUUGACUGCCUGACAUGAUGGAUGAACUGGAUUCAUCCACUGAAAUCAACAGAACUGUGUGCACAAUGACGCUUUUCUACCUACGAGACACAGAGAGGAAGGACAAACAGACUAUUUGUGGCUGUGCCCAAACUGCGUCAGGAUCACUGUAACUUUUGCCUCUGAAGGAAAACAUAAGAAAACCAGGAGCGUGGAGAACCAUGGUACUGCAAAAGAGAACGGAAGUAUAAAAAAAGGAAAGCAAAAAAUACACAUUACUAUUUCAGAAGCAGGUGCUUCAGACAGCAGCUCUUUAAACUCUCUGAGGAUUGUAAAAUUAAAUCAAACACAGACACAGCAGCAAUCUGGUUAAUUGCUGAAUGAAGAAAGACGAACUAAAUCUUACAUUAGCAGUCCCUCAGCCUUGUUGAACAAAGCACUGACUGCUACAGGUAUAAGCUUCCCGCGGAUGAAAACUGACAUCGCUCACUCAUACGUAUACGUGUAUGUCACAUAUAGACCGCAUCAGCAUGGGACAAUCGUACAAACCCCAUGAAUUUUUAGAGAGAACAAUCUGAAGUAUGACUAUUGCUUAGUUAUUCUUCCCACCACUGUUGUUGCUUUUCUUACUGUGAAUCUUGGCAGAUCUGAGGAGGGAACAGAGUGUAGACGGUAUUACUUAAGGACACCCCACCCCCGCCCACGUCUAAUGUUGAACUGAAGAAGCAAAUGACUCUGGGCUCAACUUACCUCUAUUUAAUGUAUGUAGCGUAUUCCCUAAUUUUGUUGAUGCCGAGUUGCAUCUUUUAGAGGGUUUUAUCACACUUAAAAAAAAGAUACUGCAUUACCAUAUGAAAAAAUCUAUCAGGUUCCAAUUAAUACAGUACUGUUUAUUUUGCAACGUGAUACUAAGGGGACAGGAAGCGAGGGCCGAUUGCUCUGAAUUUGGGAACGACGUGGUAUGCUUUAAAAAGACAAAAGGGUUUCAGACUAGAAUGAAUGCACUAAAGAAUUUGUCAUUCAUGAGCAGAUAACCAUUUUUCUCGUUUUUAUUUUUUAGGAUCUAAACCACGUUCACCAUUUCCUUACAGAUAAUAUGAAGUAGGGACUAUGUCUUGUGUUUAAAGUUGUACAAUAAUCAACACAAUAAUCAAGGUGCUAGUGUAACACAUAUAUUAAAUGAUAAUGAACUAUAUGGAUAUUAGAUUCAAAACUAAGCCCUAACAGUAGACUAAUUACGCGUGGAAGGAAUGUUCCUAUCUGCCCCAGAAAAGACCUCAAAAAGCUUAAAUGAAACCUAAAUGCCACGUGAUAUUGAACUUUGCAGUUUAUUACAGACUUGAUGCUGGCCUUCUCAGACGUUCCGGUCUUU